AGUCACUUAACAGAAGGAAGAACUGGAGCGGUGGGGAGGAGUCGGGGUCACCCCCGCCCCCAGCCUCGCGUAGGUGCCACCCGCGGAGAUGAAAUGUGAGCCUCGGUGGCCGAGGACUCCGGAUCCGCCGCUUAGCCCGCCUCAGGAGCCGCGGGGACAGACAAAGAGACCUUGGCCCCAGCGCAGUCCCGCGCGGCGGUCGGGCUCGCCUCCGAGACUCCCAGGGCCAUGGCCAGGUCUCCGCGCCACCCCGCUCUCCGGAGCGUUGCCCUCUCCAUCUGACCGCCCUUCAGCGCCCCCGUCCCUUCCCGGUUCUGUCCUGGCGCGCAACCUCCGGCCACUGGCUUGGAUGGACGCGCGGAGGCUGCCCGGGUGUCCAGGGGUCUUGCUUCCGAAGUUGGUGCUGCUCUUUGUCUACGCAGAGGAUUGCCUUGCUCAGUGUGGCAAAGACUGCAAAUCUUACUGCUGUGAUGGAACCACACCCUACUGUUGCUCCUACUAUGCCUAUAUUGGGAAUAUUCUCUCGGGCACAGCCAUUGCUGGCAUAGUGUUUGGCAUCGUAUUCAUCAUGGGGGUCAUUGCUGGAAUUGCUAUAUGUAUCUGCAUGUGCAUGAAAAACAACCGUGGGCCCCGGGUGGGCGUCAUCAGGACCACCCACAUCAAUGCCAUCGCCUCCUACCCUGUAGCACCACCCCCCUAUAGUUACGACCACGAGAUGGAAUACUGUGCAGACCUGCCUCCUCCAUACACACCGACCCCAGCUCAACGUUCCCCACCCCCUCCUUAUCCUGGAAAUUCAAGGAAGUAAUCUUUCUCCCAGAACCGAAUAUGUGUCAAUCAGAGAUCUCACCCGCAAUAAAAUGCCUCUACUCAGAAACAGACAGGAAAGGGUUGCCCUAAGGAAGAUCCUUUUGAGUCAGACAAUAUGUCAAGUUGACUGUCAAGGCCAAGAGAAGAAAUACAGGGUUUCCACUCUACUCAGGGCUGAGCCCAUCUGGAGUGUUCGUUGGGUUCAGUGGGACCACAUUUGAAGAGAUCUACCAAUCAACAUAAGCACACUCAGAAAAGAGUAAAAGAUGGACAAAACACCUGAAAUUCAUGUUACUGAAGGAACAGAUGAAGGAAAUUGAAAUCUUUGUCCUGAAAAAGAGAAGACUCAUGGAAGACGAGAGGAUAGCCUGGACUACCUAAGGAAACAACUAUACUCUAUAGCUUUAAAAUCAGAACUAGAAUCGUUCAAUCUUUUUGUUCAGCAACAAGUGCAGAUCCGGGUGCCUGAGAGCCUACUCUGUGCCUUAUGCUGUUGGAAGCACUGGAUGGAAUUUACAGGAGGGGGACUUUGGUUUCAGUAGAAGAAAGGGCAGUUGGAGCUUUCUUAUUGACUAGAUGGCUUUGUGAAACUCCCUGUCACUGUCGCCGAGACUCCAGCUUGGCUUGGCUAUCUGGUGGAGACAUACUCAAGAAGGAAGAGCUAAAUCAGAUGAGAGAUGCAGUCACUGGGCCCCCAGAAUUCUGCUCAUGUUUUAGGUAGAUGUGAGCCGAACUUCCUGCCACCAGGAAUGCAAACAACAGGAACAGUUGAAUCUUAUCUGUUUAAUGUGAGACUUAGCAUCAAAGGGACUCAACAGCUGCUUGAAGCCAAGAACUCUU